CUUUUUUUUAUUCGAUUUACAGCUAACAGAGGAGUUAAACAGAAAUCUCGAUCGGUAUGUUCACUCUUAACUCAGAACCACAUUGUCUUUUUAGUUUCAUUUCGAACCUUGCCAAGUCGCCUAUCUUUCAUGCCAAACCUCACUUCUCUUGCCUGCACAUUCCAUUACACAGUGGCACCAGUUUGCUUCACCCAUCUGACCGUCGCGCAGAUUGGACAGUUCAUGAAGUUCGACGACUUGUCCGAGAAGUCUUCUGAAGUCAUGACAUCUGCAAGAGUUGCUGCUCUUCCUGAGCUCCCUAGGCUGCACGAAAACAUCCAGGCUACGAUGUUCUUCUGCUGAAGAUGAUCCUCUCCACCAACCACAUUUUGUAGAUAUAUCUGGGCCAUUUUUUGGACAAGGAAAGUUUAGGGCCUUUGGUUUGGCAGACUACAGAACGCCAACCCCAUUUUAUCACUAGUGCAGGAAUACAUAAGGUGACUUUUUAGCUACUAAAACCUCUGGUGUUUCAUUAGCCGUGGCGAGAAGUUUUGUGAUGAGUAGUUUAUUAUGUUGGACGGAUUUUAUUUUGCGAUGGAUUAUCCCUUUGUCAAUUGGAGGCUAGGCAGGAAUUCUGAGAAUGAUACUUUGUGGCAGAAAUUAUUGGCGUAGUUUUAACAUUCGCUAACUGACAAACCCACGAUCAGCCAUAGCGCCUGUCUCUUUAUGAAUUCAUUUUUCUCAUGGUCUUCGAUGAAGACCGAUCAAAUAGUUGAGAAAGUAGAAGAGGGCCAACUUUCUAAUAAGCUGGCCUUUUCGGGUCAACAUUACUUGGGUCUUUAUUUCCCCUUGCUUCAGUUUGACCACAAUAAAUAUUUUGAAUUCAG